CGAACUCAGAACUACACUGCGCUGGCGCCGUGGAAGGAAGACGAGAAACGCUAGGUAGGGUUAGCGAGCCCCCAAUCCAUGGCGUUGCUGCAACAAGCUUGCUCGGCUCCACUCGCACGCUCAUGGCGGCAACAUAUUUCCAAGGCUGCGGCGGCCAUCCCUCGCCGCCGUUUCUGGCGCCGAGGCUUCGUAAGGCCGACUCUCGCUUCCUCAUUGGCAUGUCGGAAACGGAGCUCCGUCAGCUCGCCAUCGAUUAUGGCCAGAAAAGCUACAGAGGCAAGCAGCUCCAUGAUCUCCUGUACAAGACCAGGGCUAAAGAAAUCCAUGACUUUAGUCACCUGCCUCAGGUGUUUAGGGAAGAGCUGCGCGAAGCUGGGUGGAGGGUUGGAAGAUCACCUAUUCAUCAUGCUGUCACCGCAUCUGAUGGCACUGUUAAGAUACUUAUCCGGUUAGAAGAUAACAGAUUAGUAGAGGCUGUAGGAAUACCAGUUGAACAUGAGAAAGGUUCUUUUCGCCUUACUGCAUGUAUAUCGUCACAGGUUGGCUGUCCCCUGCGGUGCUCCUUUUGUGCUACCGGUAAGGGUGGUUACUCAAGGAACCUCCUUCGGCAUGAAAUAGUUGAACAGGUAAUGGCGAUUGAGGAGAUUUUCAAACAUAGGGUCACGAAUGUUGUGUUUAUGGGAAUGGGUGAGCCAAUGUUGAACCUGAAGUCAGUCCUGGAAUCUCACAGAUGCUUGAAUAAGGAUUUACAAAUUGGACAAAGAAUGAUGACAAUAUCCACAGUUGGUGUGCCAAACACAAUCAAGAUGUUGGCAUCACACAAGCUUCAAUCAACAUUGGCUGUUAGUCUUCAUGCUCCUAACCAAAAACUUCGUGAGGAAAUUAUUCCAAGUGCGAAAUCCUACCCUAUAGAUGCACUUAUGCAUGAUUGCAAGGAUUAUUUCCAAGAAACUGGAAGGAGGGUGUCUUUUGAAUAUACACUUCUAGCUGGAACAAAUGAUGCGGUAGAACAUGCAGUAGAGCUUGCUGAGCUUCUCCGCUGCUUUAGCCCUGGCUCACAUGUCAAUCUCAUACCAUUCAAUCCAAUAGACGGUUCUGCAUACAGAAGGCCAUACAAGAAAGCGGUUCUAGCAUUCGCUUCAGCCUUAGAAGGUAGAAAGAUAACUGUCAGCAUUCGCCAGACACGUGGGCUUGAUGCAAGUGCAGCCUGUGGACAGCUCAGAAAUGAUUUCCAGAAGAGGCCUCUUCUUGAUUUACCAACUUCUGAGUCUCAACUCUCUCCUGUAUGAAGCACAAGCUGUCCGCCAAUCUCUUAGAAUGAGAAAUUCAUGAUAUAAUGAGGUGAUGAAGAAGAUGAAAGUGGUUUCAGAUCUUCUAUUCAUUGCAUCCGGUUGUAGCCAAUCCUGAUGGUGAAUGAUAUGCAGCUACCACCAGCAAAGAAAUUUCAACUCUGCAGAUUCUGGAUUAGUAGUGGAAGACUUGAAUUUCAUAACUUUCUCCGGCCGACUUUGUCUUCAUUGGUCAAUGUGGAGCUUUUGAGCAAUUUUUAAAGUUGAUUUUUAUCUAGCAAGGCUUGAUUGUUUGAAUCAGAGAUUCAAAUAGCUGAUCUUCUUUAAUAUUCAUUACAAUAGUUACCAGAAGCUAAAACUUUUGUUGUAGCAUGAAAGUUUAAUGCCUUUCAAACUGGAGAGCUUCUGAAUUUUGAAGUACUUUUGCGUGUUGGAGCUUCAGUUUUAGGAGCUUUGAAGAGUCUUUUGUUUUGUAAAGUGUCAUGUUUUAAACGUGCCGACAAUUAUGCUGUUGGCUUUGUUAAUGCUUGUUCUGUUCCAGCUUUCAUUCAUCAAAGCAUUUAACAGCUAUGCGAACAGAGUGAUGUACGCUUGCAUUCAUAUAAGAUUAACUUU